CGGUUGCCGCUCCUGAUUAGCUGCGCUGUGCUCUCCUUCGAGUGUUGACCGUGACAAGGUCAAUGCAUCGCGGGGUGGCGACAGUGAAUAGCAUAAGGGUUCCUCCUCUGGGCUGGCCCGGCGGUCUGUGAUACGACGUUAGUGGGUGCUGGUAACGUUCGGGAGGGGAUGACUCUGCUUAUUUGCCUGGUCGAGGUCGUGAAUGAAGGUUGAAGGGAGUCUGUAUAUGAUGAUGUAUUCUGCAUGCAUCAUUGCAAUGCAUGGCAUGGACGUUUGGGGAGGCGAAGAUGGGCUUUACUAGUACUUGUAUGGUAUGUUCUUCAAGUACCUUUUUUCCCCUCGCGAUUGCGAGGAGGGCGGCAAUGGCAAUGGAUGGCGAAACGGUGAUUGGCUGUUUGGAGCGCGGAGCCCCAUCGAGGUUGGCUCCUCUUUCAAUCCAAUCAGGGAGAAGGGCAAGAUCUGGCAGCAGUUUCCGAUCCGCAAGGGAAUCUCCCAAAGCUGUCUUGAAAUGUUAGGUGGCUGGCCAGAGCACAUUACCAGCUCAGAGGCCUUUAAGCGCACCACUUCCCAUGUGAAUCCUCUGCCAGCCCGCAAACCCAGCAAGCGUGCCAAGUAUGGCGAUGUGGCCGAGGUGAACAAGGCUCGCCGACUCGCACGCUCCCCCAAACCUCCGGUGAUUCGACCGCGGCCCAAGCGCGCGGCAGAGACCUCGUCCUCGCCUUCAUUGCCGAGCUCAUCGACGUCUAGGCUUCCUGCGCCCAACAUCGCCAGCAGCAGCUCCACCACCCUGGAGCCGUCUGGCCCCGCGGGGUUCCGCCGCCGCCGCAAGCUCUUUCUCGACAGCCCCGACGGCCCCCACCCGCGCAUGACAGCAAAGAUCGUGGCGCGACUGGCGGCCUGCAAGGACUGGCGCAGGCAGCUGGCACACAAGCUACUACCGCGGUAUCUGCCGUUGUUCGACCAGCAUGCCGCUGCGUACUUUUUCAAGCAUGUACCCAGCUUGCAGCCGCGGGCACCGCCGCUGGUUCCGCCGUCGGUGACGGCUCCUGCCUGGAUGGCUGAGCCCAGUGGUGUCGCCGCCAGUCGGGGUGGUGCCGCCGCCUCCGCCGCCUCCGCCGCCUCCGCCGCCACUGCCGCCAUCACCGCUAGCAGGGACGCCGCGGGCUUCCGCCGCAUGGUGGUGGCGGUGUGCAGCUCACUGCUGCCAAAGAUGCCCUCUUUCGGUCCUCGGGCUCUGACGUGCAUGAUCUCGGGGCUUGGACGCAUGGGCAUCAGGCAAGUCGACAAGUUCGUUGUCGCCACCGCCGGUGCUGGGUCAGGUAUCCGGCGGCGUACGGGACAGAGGAGGCGUCAGCGCCAGCGUCAGCGGCGGACGCCACCGCUGCUGCCGCCGCUGGGUGAGGCCUGGCGGCAGGCGGCUCUGGGCGCGGCGCACUCCGCCCUGCCGCGCAUGACGGUUGCUGAAAUCGGCCAGAUGCUGAUGGCCCUGGCGGCGCUGCGGUUGCGGCCCCCCCUGGAGCUCUUGGACGCCACAUGCAUCGUCGUGCGGAACGCCGUGGCGGAGGAAGCCGCUCGUCUGGCCCUGGUCCACACCGCCGCUGCUGGCUCAGCGGCGCGGCGUGCAGCGGCAGCGCACAGGUACGGCAUGACGAGCGCUUCCGCUGGGGCCGUCGGAGUCCUGGCGGCGGCAGUAUCAGCGGAGGCUGCAGCUGCAGAAUCGGGAUUAAGUCCUGACGGAAAGAAGUUGCCAAAGGCGAAGUUCGGAAGGGCGGCGGCGGCACCGCCGCCACGAGAGCCACUUUACGGCGCCGACGUUGCCCGUGUGGUGCGAGGCCUUGGAGCUUUGGGUUAUGCUCCGUCGCCGGAGUGGAUCACCUGGAUUUUGAGCAACGUCGCGGCGGUGAUUCGCGGUGACGUCGCGCGGUCGCUAGGAUGGCGGCGGCGGCAGCAGCAGCAGAAACAGCUGGUACAGCAUGUGGUCCCAUCGGGAGCCGGCGGAGGCCAUACGCUGGUGGCGGCAACGGCAACUCUCUCCGCGGCCGCCGGCGCCGCUGGCAGGCAACACAGCUCGGGCGCGGACGCAGCGGAGCCAUGGAGCGGGUCGGCAGCGGCAGCGGCAGCUGGGGCGGCGGCGACGGCAGCGGCAAUGGUGGCUCCGCUACCGCCGCCGUACUUUAGCGCGGAGGAUAUCUCGGUACUUUUGACAGGUCUCGCGGACAUGGUGCCCGCGAUGAUGAAGUCGGGGUCGGCGGAGGGGUCAGCGGAGAGGGACCCCGCGGUGCGGCGGCCUGCGACAAUGAUGCCGUCGCGCCACGGCGUUGCAUCGCUUCGUGCGGUGGCGGCGGCGCUGGGCGCGUUACCGUACAUCGUACCGGAUUUGCGCUACUUGGCGGAGUACGAGAUCGAGGCGUUGCAGUCUUCACCGGUAGCGGCAGCGGCGGGAGGAGCGGCGACGGCCAACACAGCAGAAGCAGCAGCAGCAAUCGCGCCCACAGCGAUACAUCCAGCUUCAGAAUUAGGAGCAGGAGCAGGAACAACACUAUCCGCGGCGGCGACGGCGGGUGUGAAGGCGGCGUCCACUGGUCCGCGUGAAGCGGCGGCUGUGAAGCUGCUGCCGGCACUAGAGCUGUGCGAAGUAGAUGAUCUGACGGAGCAGCAGCAGCAGCAGCAGCAGCAGCAGCAGGAUGGAUUUCCUGGCAGCUGCGGGCUUCUGCGUACGAUAGCGUACGACAGCGUAUGGAACCGUGAGAGAUUAGAUGUAUACCAUUUGCAUGGUAGCGACGGCAAUGAUGAUGAUGGCUAUGGUAAUCUAGCAGCGGCACUAUCGCAGCAUACGUGCAGCCAGUUCGAGCUGUACAGCAUAUAA